CGGGCGAGAGGGCCGUACAACCCCUCCUCUCGCGGUUUUCCUGGCGGUGGUGGAAGGAGCCGGGAGCGGGAGUGAGUUCGUGUAUCGAAAAGCAUAUGGAGGGGAUCCGCAUCUUGGUGGGGAUGCGUAGUGACGAAGAGUCCGAAAUGAAUUUUGCUGCGUUCCAGGCAGUUGCAGGGCCGGGGACUCACUUUGUGACAACUGGGGGUCAGAUGCCCAAAAUGCAGCAGAAUAUGACAAAUAAUGGAACAUCUUUGUCGCAGGUAGUUGGCAUGGUUGGUGGAGUCAACAUGGGUGACGGUGUGCAGUACGUCCGCACCAUCGACGGGAGCUCGCAACAAGGCACGCCGCAACUCAUAUCUGUGCCCGUCACCUUACCGGGCGCUAAACCUGGCGAUCCGCAGUCGAUAGUACAAAUCCAGGUGCUGUCUCCGAACGUUUUGCAGCAACAGCAGCCGAAAUACCAAAUGCAAAUACCUAUCCAGGGCUUCCAACAAGGUGGCACUGUACUCACGUUAGCAUACUCGCCGGAUGCAAAUGAUAGUGGUGCUUUCCAGAUCAUAGGAAACACGCUGCCGGAAGGUACAUUCAGGAUGCGGACAGGUCUGCAAGUGCUGGCAGCGAUGCCGCAAGAGAUGCAACUGAUACACCCUCAACAAGCGCAAGAAAACAAGGACCAAGUACAGCAAGCUAUACAGCAUCAGGUAUUUAUAACGCCAAACAACCAGAUAAUAAUAAAUGGCCCCGACGUGAAGUCUCAAAUGACAAACAAUAAUCCUGAAAUCACGAAUAUCAUUAUAAAGGAGGAGUGCGAUGAAAACGAUGACGAAAGUUCACAAGGCACUGAAACAAAUGAAGGCGUACCAUCAUGGCUGCCCGCUAGUUCUACGCAGGACCUGGUCAAAUAUCUCAACACAUUACCGCCGCAACAAAAUUUAGAAGUGAUGCAAAUGUUGUUACAGCAAACGCAAACAUUACCCCUCCCCCUAUCCUUACAACAGUUCCUGAAACACAAUCCGGCGGAAGUUAAGAGGAGCGAAGUCGCCAUUGAUGUGGAAAUGACCACCGAUAACGACAAGAGUGAUUUACUAAUAGAGAGAAAUACUGAAACUGUAAUGGACGAAGAUGGCAAUACUACAAUCCAAAAGAAGAAGAAGAAAUAUAAGAAAAAACCUAAAGCAGCCCGACCGAGGCCCGGGCAAGUUAACAUAACAGUCGCGGCCGAUGGCACGCCCAUGUACUGCUGUCCCGAGUGUAACAUGGCCUAUAUCGAAAAGGAACAACUCGAAAUGCAUCUCUCAGUUCACAAGAUCGAGAGGCGGUUCAUUUGCGGCAUUUGUGGAGCUGGAUUGAAACGCAAGGAGCACUUAGAGCGGCACAAAUUGGGCCACAAUCCGGAGCGGCCGUACGUUUGCGGUGUUUGCGGCAAGGGGUUCAAGCGGCGGGAGCAUCUCAAUCUGCACGCAGUUAUACAUUCCGGCGUGAAGACAGAGAUGUGCGGACAAUGCGGGAAAGGUUUCUACCGGAAAGACCACCUCCGCAAGCACACGAGGUCGCACGAAUACAAAACUGCGCGCACGCACCACGAGGGAACAACGGACACGAAGACUGCGCAAACUGCCAACCCCACCAACAACAACGUGGCCACCAACAUCACAGCCAAUUCCAAUACCAUCCUGCCAGAGAUUACGAUACAUGUGCCAACAAGUUCGAACCUUCAAAUGCCCGUCCAGAUCAACAUCCCCCAGCACGUGAUGACCUCACUCGCCGCCGCGCAGGCUUCCGCGAGCACCGUACAGCACGAUAACAACGAUGCGCAUGCGCAGCUAGACGCGCUACUUGCGCAACACACGUGACGUCACAGCCGGUGCGGGCUGCGCUCUCAGAUUUCCACAAACGCUCCAAAAACAAGAGAAAUGCGAGUUAUGCUAAUUUCUUCUGCAUAACAAAUACCUGAUUAAAUUCACGUAUUUGUUACUUAAAUCUCCGUUAUUGAAACAUUCACCGGCGCUUGGAAAACAACCUUUAAACACUGGAUAAAUAAUUAAGUUUUAAUCAUGGCUUUUUCAGAAAUAAGUUAUUCUUACGCGCGAAUACUGCACACGAA